AUGACUGAUUGCAAGCCACUAUCCACUCCAGCCGCAGUCACGCAAGCCAUAUCUCCGGUAACAAGCCCGUACGAGAACCCGACUCAAUACCGACGGUUAGCCGGGGCACUCCAGUAUUUGACCAUCACACGACCGGACUUGUCUUAUGCUGUGAAUAGGCUCUACCAGUUCAUGCAGACCCCCACUGAUGAGCACUGGGGUUUACUCAAACGGGUUCUACGGUAUGUAAAGGGCACGCAGGAAUUUGGGCUUAAACUAUCAGCUUCACCAUCGGCUGACAUCCAUGCUUACUCGGACUCCGACUGGGCUGGGUGUCCGAUUGAUCGCAAAUCCACAAGUGGUUAUGCCGUGUUUCUUGGGUCGAAUCUUGUCUCUUGGGUCUCUCGCAAGCAACGCACGGUAGCUAGGUCCUCCACCGAAGCUGAAUACAAGGGGCUAGCCGAUGUCGCAACUGAAGUUACUUGGGUUGUGUCCCAACUUCAGGAACUUGGCCUACAUUCAGGGGCCCCGACAACUCUAUGGUGUGACAAUUUAGGCGCCACUUACAUGUGCGCUAAUCCAGUUUUUCAUGCUCGGACUAAGCAUGUUGAGAUUGACUACCACUUCGUCAGGGAUAAGGUAGCAUCAGGGGAUUUUUUGGUUAAUUUUAUUUCCACCAAAGAUCAGUUAGCCGACGUCUUCACCAAGCCUCUUCCGUCAGCUCGCUUUGGGACUCUACGAGACAAGCUUGGUGUUGUAUCCACACCACCUUCAGCUUGA